GUCCGCUGCCACAGGGCCGUCCUGGCCGCCUGCAGCCGCUACUUCAGGGCCAUGUUCACAGCCGAGAUGAAAGAGAAAUCUGCGCACCAGGUCAGGCUGCCCGGGCUCAGCCACGCCGUGCUGGAAGCCAUCGUGAACUACGCGUACACAUCGCAGAUCCGGAUAACGCAGGGAAACGUCCAGAGCCUGCUCCAGGCUGCGGACCUUCUCCAGUUCGCGGCGGUGAAGGAAGCCUGCGAGCGGUUUCUGGUGCGGCACCUGGACGCUGGCAACUGCGUAGGGAUGCACUCCUUCGCCGAGCAUCACGGUUGCCCAGAGCUGGAAAAAGAGUCUCGGAGGGUAUUGCUAUGGCAGUUCGAAGAGGUGUGGAAGCAGGAGGAGUUUCUGGACAUUGGCAAGGAGAAGCUUUGCUAUAUUCUCUCCAGAGAGAAUCUCAACGUUUGGAAAGAAGAGGCAGCCAUUGAAGCUGUCGUUAAGUGGGUCGCCCACAACGUGGAAGAAAGAAUUGAAGACAUCUAUGAACUGCUGAGCUGCGUCAGAGUAGACUUCGAUAACAUGUAUUUGAGGUCAGCUUUAAGCCUACAAAAAAAAUGCCGACUUAACGACCAUAAGAUAAGGUCACUGAUAUACAGUGCCCUGAAGCCCAGUCCCAAAGGUCUUUCCAGAAGACCCACAGCAGCCAUGUAUGUGAUCGGAGGAUAUUAUUGGCAUCCCUUAUCAGAAGUGCACGUCUGGGAUCCUUUAACCAGCGCGUGGCUCCAGGGAGCAGAGAUGCCGGAUCACACCAGAGAGAGCUAUGGGGUCACCAGCUUGGGACCAGGCAUAUACGUGACGGGAGGUUACAGAACGGAGAGCAUCGAAGCCCUGGACACCGUGUGGAUAUAUAACAGCGAGAGAGACAAAUGGACAGAAGGCUGUCCCAUGCUUGACGCGAGGUAUUACCACUGCGCCGUUUCCCUGAGCGGCUGCGUCUACGCGCUGGGCGGUUACCGAAAGGGAGCUCCCAUGCAAGAAGCUGAGCUCUGCGAUCCUUUAAAAAAGAAAUGGCUUCCUAUUGCAAACAUGAUCAAAGGUGUUGGAAAUGCCACCGCCUGUGUCCUGCACGAAGUCAUCUACGUAGCCGGAGGUCACUAUGGGUACAGGGGAAGCUGCACCUAUGACAAAAUCCAGAGUUACCAUUCGGGUAGCAAGGAGUGGAGUGUAGUCACCACAAGUCCACAUCCAGAGUACGGAUUGUGUUCCAUCGCAUUACAAAACAAGAUCUAUUUUGUGGGCGGACAGACCACGAUCGCAGAGUGCUACGACCCCGAGCAGAACGAGUGGAAGCAGAUGGCUCACAUGAUGGAGAGGAGGAUGGAGUGUGGCGCGGUUGUUAUGAACGGAUGCAUCUAUGUGACAGGAGGAUAUUCCUAUUCGAAAGGAACAUAUCUACAGAGUAUUGAGAAAUACAACCCUGAACUGAAUAAAUGGGAAGCAGUGGGUAAUCUUCCCAGCGCUAUGCGGUCACAUGGCUGUGUCUGUGUGUAUAACGUGUAA